ACAACAAAAGCAACAACGUUCUCCGACGUCUAAAGUCUAUUUAAUUCAGUUAGUUUUUCUUUUCUUUUGCCCAUUAUCAGGCAUCAGUCUUCGUUUAAUCGUUAAAGUCAACAGUAUUCUGAUUUCUAUAGAAUCCAUCCCAAAAAAGAAAAUAAAAGACGAAGACUAUAUUUAGUGUUAAAUAUAUUUUAUGAAUAGUCUAUUAAUUAGUGCAUAAAAUAAAGUUUUAAGUUGAACUCUUUAACACAUACACCGACACAUCGCAUCACAUCACAUUAGCAUACUCAAAUAUACCGCAAAUAUGUUCUCUUUACGUUUGGCUACACGUUGCUUGUACUCAGCACCUACUUUGCUGAAAACAUCCGUUGAACAUACGGCCUUUAUGAUGUCUUAUGCCGGGAUGGCUACUAAAAUCAAAGCUGGUCCCGUCGUUGACAUUUUGGGCGAUGAAAUGACCCGCAUUAUCUGGUCAUCCAUUAAGGACAAAUUGAUUUUGCCCUUCUUGGACAUUGAAUUGCACACCUAUGAUUUGGGCAUGGAAUAUCGUGACCAGACCGACGAUCAAGUCACCAUCGAUUGUGCUGAGGCCAUUAAGAAGUACAAUGUUGGCAUUAAGUGUGCCACCAUCACUCCCGAUGAGAAGCGCGUCGAAGAAUUCAAGCUGAAGAAGAUGUGGAAGAGUCCCAAUGGUACCAUUCGUAACAUUCUCGGCGGUACUGUAUUCCGUGAAGCUAUUAUCUGCAAAAACAUUCCUCGUUUGGUGAGCGGCUGGGAUAAGCCCAUUGUCAUUGGCCGUCAUGCCCAUGCCGAUCAAUAUAAGGCAACGGAUUUCGUUGUUCCUGGUGCUGGUACCUUGACAAUGACCUUCAAGCCUGCCGCUGGCGGUGAACCCAUCACCCAUGAAGUCUAUCAAUACAAGGGUGCUGGUGUAGCCAUGGGCAUGUUCAACACUGAUGCCUCAAUUGUUGACUUCGCCCAUGCCUCUUUCAAAUUUGCCCUCUCCCGCAAAAUGCCUUUGUAUUUGAGUACCAAGAACACCAUCUUGAAGAAGUACGAUGGUCGCUUCAAGGAUAUCUUUGAGGAAAUCUACCAAAAGGAAUACAAGAAGGACUACGAGGCUGCCGGUAUCUGGUACGAACAUCGCUUGAUCGACGAUAUGGUUGCCUAUGCCAUGAAAUCCGAAGGUGGUUUUGUCUGGGCUUGCAAGAACUACGAUGGUGAUGUGCAGUCCGAUUCCGUAGCUCAAGGUUAUGGCUCUUUGGGCCUUAUGACCUCUGUAUUGCUGUGUCCCGAUGGCAAAACCGUUGAGUCCGAAGCUGCCCACGGCACCGUAACCCGCCAUUAUCGCAUGCACCAACAAGGCAAAGAAACCUCCACCAAUCCCAUUGCCUCGAUCUUUGCCUGGACCCGUGGUUUGUUGCACCGUGCCAAGCUCGACAACAAUGCUGAUUUGCAGAAAUUCGCCGAAACCUUGGAGAAGGUUUGCAUUGACACCAUCGAAUCGGGUUCCAUGACCAAGGAUUUGGCCAUUUGCAUCAAGGGCAUGAACAACGUAAAGCGCACCGACUACAUGGAAACCUUUGAGUUCAUGGACAAAUUAGCCGAUAACUUGAAGAAAGCCCUUGCCUGACUAGAUGGCGAAGAUAAGAAGUCUCAUCUCUAGAUGGUAUGGUCUAGCUGGUUUUCCAUCUACGCAUACAUACAUAAAUUAAAUUUAUUAUUUAAAACAACCACAUUGCUGCGCAUUUGUUCGACACCAAUCAUUUUUCUUUUACACCAUAUUGGCGGUAACAAAGAAAAAGGAACGAGCCGAUACCGAAAAAAACAAGAAUAAAGAAAAUAAAUUCAUUUUUUAUACCUUUAAAAAAUAUA